CAGAGACAAACUCUGAUUGAGGUUAUGUUUGAAUUAACCAAACAAACAGAAAAAGUUUUUCUGAUCGUAGAUUUAUUUUGACUGAUAAUUUUUUCGUAAUAUUUAAGAGAAAAUGUCUAUUGAAAUAGAAUCAGCAGAUGUUAUUCGUUUGAUACAACAGUAUUUAAAGGAAUCCAACCUUUAUAGAACACUACACACUCUUCAGGAAGAAACUGGAGUUACUCUUAAUACAGUGGAUAGCGUUGAUGGCUUUUGUGCAGAUAUUAAUAAUGGACACUGGGAUACCGUAUUGAAGGCAAUACAGUCCUUGAAGUUACCAGAUAAAAAACUUAUCGAUUUAUAUGAACAAAUUGUUUUGGAAUUGAUUGAAUUGCGUGAACUAGGUGCCGCACGAUCAUUAUUGCGACAGACAGAUCCAAUGAUUAUGCUGAAACAAAAUGAACCAGAGAGAUAUAUUCACUUGGAAAAUCUGCUUGCUAGGUCAUACUUUGAUCCACGCGAAGCUUAUGCAGAUGGAAGUAGCAAAGAAAAACGUAGGGCAGCUAUAGCUCAUGCUCUUUCUGGAGAAGUAUCAGUGGUUCCAUCAUCUCGACUUUUGGCAUUAUUGGGCCAGGCAUUGAAAUGGCAGCAACACCAAGGUCUGCUGCCCCCUGGAACCACAAUUGAUUUAUUCAGAGGAAAGGCAGCCAUAAGAGAUCAGGAAGACGAACAAUUUCCUACGCAAAUGGCAAAACAAAUCAAGUUCGGUCAAAAAUCCCAUGUUGAAUGUGCUAGGUUCUCCCCUGAUGGUCAAUAUCUAAUUACGGGUAGCGUGGAUGGUAUCAUAGAAGUUUGGAAUUUCACAACAGGGAAAAUAAGAAAAGAUCUCAAAUAUCAAGCACAAGAUAAUUAUAUGGUAAUGGAACAUGCUGUUCUCUGUUUAGCCUUUUCAAGAGACAGCGAAAUGCUGGUUUCUGGAUCACAAACAGGUGGUAUUAAAGUGUGGAGAAUCAGUUCAGGACAGUGUUUGAGAAAAAUUGAAAAAGCGCAUAGUAAAGGUAUAACCUGCCUACAAUUUUCACGAGACAACAGCCAAGUACUGAGUGCAUCAUUUGACCAUUCUAUCAGGCUGCAUGGACUGAAAUCAGGAAAAACUUUAAAGGAAUUCAGAGGACAUUCAUCGUUUGUGAAUGAAGUUAUAUUUACUCAAGAUGGACAUAAUGUAUUGAGCGCCUCUUCAGAUGGGUCAGUUAAAGUUUGGAAUCUAAAAACAACAGAGUGUAUAAGUACAUUCAAAUCAUUUGGAGCCGGUGAUACAACUGUGAACAACAUACACAAUUUUGCCAAGAAUCCAGAACAUUUUGUUGUUUGUAACAGAAGUAACACAGCUGUUAUUAUGAAUCUUCAAGGACAAAUUGUGAGAUCCUUUGCUAGUGGUAAAAGGGAAGGUGGUGACUUUGUUUGUUCCACUGUAUCUCCAAGAGGCGACUGGAUAUAUUGUGUUGGAGAAGAUAUGGUAUUGUAUUGUUUCUCCACAAAUUCUGGAAAACUUGAGAGGACACUGAAUAUUCAUGAGAAAGAUGUCAUAGGAAUAGCACAUCACCCACAUCAAAACUUGAUAUGUUCGUAUAGUGAAGAUGGACUUGUUCGUUUAUGGAAACCGUAAAUGGAUUCUCGAUUUCAGGAGAAAGUUUUUUAGUUCGUUCAUUUUGAGUUGAAUGUGUAAUAUAUUUUUAUCAGUUACAGUCGAAUUACGAAAUAAAGGUAAAUUCGAAAUUCAUAAUAACUGAAUGGACUAUGUUGAUUGCAUCUUCGUAUAACCUAACACUUGAGUCCUAUUUUGUACAUUCUUUUAUAAUUUGAUUUCGACUUCCUGAAGACUUUUGAAAAAUAUAUGUAUUGGAAUCUGA